CGUCACGUCUCCAGAACGCGCCAAAGUUUGGACGGACUCUCUUAUAUAAAUACGAACAUUUCUGUCUAGACACUUAACGGGUGUGUUUAAAUAUACCAGCAGAAUAAAUAAACAACCUGCAUCAAAUGAGACAGCUUCAACACUGAUAUAAGUGACACGUAAGAUCCGAUCAUGGCUGUGCCUUUUGUUAAAGACUGGGAUGUGGUGCAGACCCUUGGAGAGGGGGCCUACGGAGAGGUGCGACUACUGGUCAACAAGAAGACAGAAGAGGCAGUGGCGGUGAAAGUUGUGGACAUGGCAAAAGCCAAGGAUUGUGUAGAGAAUGUGAAGAAGGAGGUUUGCAUAUGCAAGAUGCUUUCACACCCAAACAUCGUGCGUUUCUUUGGGCACAGGAGUGAGGGGACGACACAGUACAUCUUCCUGGAGUACUGUAGUGGAGGAGAGCUCUUUGACCGAAUCGAGCCAGACGUAGGGAUGCCAGAAAAAGAUGCACACAGGUUUUUUCAGCAGCUAAUAGCUGGUGUGGAAUAUCUUCACAGUGUUGGGAUUACACAUCGUGACAUAAAGCCUGAGAAUAUUCUUCUUGAUGAUAAAGAUAAUCUGAAGAUCUCUGAUUUUGGACUGGCCACCAUGUUCCGCCAUCGUGGCCGGGAGCGGGCAUUGAACCGUCUGUGUGGCACUCUGCCCUAUGUUGCCCCCGAGCUGAUGUCACGCUCAGCAUUCCAUGCACAACCUGCAGACACUUGGGCUUGUGGCAUCGUGCUCACUGCAAUGUUAGCUGGAGAGUUACCAUGGGACCAACCGAGUGAAAACUGUCAGGAGUAUUUGGAUUGGCUAGAGAAGAAAAUCUACCUCACACCCUGGAAGAAAAUCGAUGCUGUACCACUGAGUCUGCUAUCUAAGAUAUUACUGCAUAAUCCAGAGGACAGGAUCACCAUUCCUGAAAUUAAGAAGCACAGAUGGUUUAGCAGAAGUUUCAAAUCAGCAGUAAAACGCCAGAGUGACACACCAGUAUCCAAAAUGCAUAGGGCUGAUUCUGAGCUCUCACAGCUGAGAAGAAAAAACAGUGAUGACAGAGCACAGAUCUCCAGCUCUCAGCCUGAGCCGCAGGGAUUGUGGGAGGAGAAGGGGGUUACGGUGCACACUGAUGUCAGUGUCAGCUUUUCACAGCCUACCUGUCUUGACCACAUGCUGCUGGGCAGCCAACUGCUGGGCACACCAGGAGCCAGCCAGAGCCCGUGGCAGCGGUUGGUGAGAAGGAUGACUAGGUUCUUUACUACGGUAAAGGCAGAACCGUCUUGCAUUGCUCUCCGUGAUGCCUGUAUUGCUAUGGGUCACACAUGGAAACAGAGCUGCACCAAUCAGGCGACAGUUUCCACAAUGGAUCACCGCAACAGUAAGCUGAUCUUCAUAGUGCACUUCCUGGAAAUGGAGGAACGCAUUUUAGUAGAUUUCCGAUUGUCAAAGGGGGACGGUUUGGAAUUUAAGAAGAUAUUCCUGAAACUAAAACAGAAGCUGUCUGACAUUAUUAGCAACCAAAAGGUUUUGCCUCUGAAUUGAUGCGUGUCCACAUUUUUACAUGCAAAUCUGCUUUCACACGUGUACAAAGGUACACAAAGUUGUUUUAUGACCGUGGAACGUGUUCAGAUUUAUAUGUUCGUAGUUGUAGAUGUCUGUUUUUCUGAUCUGUAUCUGAAGGAAUGAGGAGAAGCUCUCGAGUUAAGUUUAUCUGUUCAUUCAUGUUCCGUUAAUAUGAAGAUAAGGUUUAAUCUCUGCCCCUUGACAAGAUGUGAGAUUCUGAACGUGUAAAUAAAUCUGUCAUUAAUAA